GGGAAUUCGCUACGGGCCCUGCCAGGUGCGGAGAUGGUGACUCUGGGGGGAUGAAGGGCAGGGACCAUGGGGCUGGGUGUUCUCCUCAUCCCCCUCCUCGUCCUCGGGGUGGCCGGUUCCCGGCUGCAGAUAUUCACAGAUCCCUCCUCUCGGGCCCUGCUGGGCUCUGGGGCGCUGCUGAAAUGUCGGUUCGACAUCAGGGGGCCGGUCGAUCUGAGCUCCCUGCGGGUUCAGUGGUAUCUGUGGGAGGAGAGGAUCGCGCAGUACAACCAGGGCAGGGGAGAAUCCCAGGUCAGAGCGAGCGUGUCGGAGCAGGAGUUGGAGAACGGGAACGCAUCCCUGUCGCUCUCCAGUGUGAUGGUGUCGGAUGAGGGGCUGUAUAAAUGCGUCGUUGGUUACGGUACAGAGCAGCUGCAGGGACAGACGACCCUCCGUGUGCUCGGUAAGGACAGGAGAAGUGCUCGGACGUUCCCUGGCUGGGAACUGGGGACUGGCUGUUCCUGCGUUGGUCCCACGAUCCAGCAG